CAAUAAUAUGGCUCGCCACCGAAAUGUAAGAAAUAGAAGUUAUUCGGAUGAUUUUGAUGACGACGAUGUAUAUGGACAUUCUGUGGAAGAGGACAGCUGUUUAUCACCUAGUGAUACUGCACAGUUUAUGUACGAUCGUUCUCGAAAUCAGCAGGCCAUAUCGCAUUUUUUAGAGAGCCAUGACAAUAUUCAAGAGGAAGCCGAGGAUGAGGUGGAUGAUUUAUCGCAUCCACCGCUUGAAAGACGCGAGUCCCUGGAGCUACGCAGUCUCAAACUAAGCGAAGAUGAUGAAACAUGUCUUAUGUCUUGUCUAGAUGAACUGCGAAACGUUUUAGGUGACAGUUUUUCUGAUAAUAUACUCAUAAAUGCUGCUCUGAACCAUAAGUUUGAUUAUAAUAAAGCUUUAGAUGAAAUCCUUAACAAAAACAGCAAUGAUAAUGACAAGAAAAAAGAAGAGCCCGUAAAACAACCACCAAUAGUUCGUGUUAUUCCAAGUAUUGAUCCAGUAUCAUCCAAUAAUAUACCGAAAGUAAUAUCUACUAACCUUGAGCCCAAAAGUGCUGGAAUCAUCAAAGGUUUUAAAGUGCAAUGCAGUGACAGUUCUGGCAGCUUUUCACAAACACCUAGAGAACAAUCACCAGCGUCUGAAAGAGCUUCUACUCCUAGAAUAGAAGAUGAAACAAAAACAACACUGAAAGUAAAAGAAAACAAAUUUGACCCAAAGAAACAGUACAUUAAUGAAAGAGGAUCAGAUAAAGAUCAUAUAUAUAUUGUGGUUAUAGGCCAUGUUGAUGCUGGAAAAUCUACAUUGAUGGGUCGGCUGCUGUGUGACCUUGGAGAAGUCAGUCAGAAAACAUUACAUAAGUAUGAGCAAGAGAGCAAAAAGAUAGGCAAACAAAGCUUUAUGUAUGCAUGGGUUUUAGAUGAGACUGGUGAAGAGAGAGUGAGAGGCAUUACAAUGGAUGUGGGGAAAGCUCAGUUUGAAACCAAAACUAAAAAGGUAAUUAUACUUGAUGCUCCUGGGCAUGCAGAUUUUAUUCCAAACAUGAUAACAGGGGCUGGUCAAGCUGAUGUGGCUUUAUUAGUGGUUGAUGCUACUAGAGGGGAAUUUGAGUCAGGUUUUGAUCUCGGUGGCCAAACUCGUGAGCAUGCAUUACUAGUUAGAUCCCUCGGUGUCAAUCAGCUUGCAGUUGCUAUAAAUAAAUUGGACACAACAAAUUGGUCUCAGGAGAGAUUUGAUGAAAUAUCUAAAAAAUUGAAAACUUUCCUUAAACAAGCUGGCUUCAAAGACUCUGAUGUCACUUAUGUGCCAUGUUCAGGUCUCACAGGUGAGAAUCUUGUGAAGCCUCCAAGCGAAGUUGAAUUGCUUAAAUGGUACAAUGGACCUUGCCUAUUAGAUGUUAUUGAUAAAUUUAAUGUACCAGAGAGGCCCAUCUCUAAACCUUUACGGAUGCCUAUAAAUGAUGUAUUUAAAGGCACAGGUUCAGGAUUUUGUGUUGCUGGACGUAUUGAAAAUGGUGUACUCAAUAAAGGUGACAAAGUCUUAGUUUGCCCAACAAAAGAAAUGGCUGAAGUAAGAAGCAUUAGUAUUAAUGAAAUGCCAAAUAAUGUCGCUUUUGCUGGAGACCAAGUCAGUGUUACAUUAUCUGGUAUUGAUAUGCAAAAUGUCUCUGUUGGAUUCAUUCUUAGUGAUCCCAUUCAACAAGUGCCAGUAGCUACAAGAUUUGAAGCUAGAUUAGUUGUGUUUAAUGUUAAGGUUCCUAUAACAAAAGGAUUUCCAGUUCUGAUUCAUCAUCAGUCUUUAGUGGAAUCUGCAAAUAUUGUAAAGUUGAAAUCAUUGCUAAAUAAGAGUACAGGUGAAGUUAUGAAAAAGAAACCCAGAUGCUUGGGUAAUAAUUCUGUAGCUGUUGUAGAUAUUGAAGUUAGUAAACCAAUUUGUGUAGAGCGCUACAAAGAUGUAAAGGAACUGGGGCGUGUGAUGCUCCGUGUGUCAGGAGUAACUAUAGCUGCUGGACUCAUCACAGACAUGUAUAACUCAUGAUUGAUUUAUGUUGAUCUGAUAUAUCACAUUGGCAAAAUUAUUGGGACAAAUUAAUGCAUUUAAUUUCACUGUAUUUUUUUAUAAAGUAAAACAGAUAUUUUUUUCACAUAUUUCUUAACCAAUAUAGUUCAGUUAUUAUAUAAGCAUAAUGCUAUAGGGUACUACAUAAAAUUUGCGCUUUCAUUAGGUUUAUUACUGUUCUGUCUUGACAUUUGUUGCAGUGUUAAAAUAUGAAAGGCAAAUAAGUAGAAUAGAAAUGUUGCCUUGUUUAGUUGCUAAGGCAUUAAAUCCGCACAAUGCUAUAAUGUACAAUAAUGUAACGUGCUGUAACAAAUUGUUAUAAUUAUUGAUGAUUAUUUAUUUUAUUAAAAUAACGAAAAAUGUUCACUCUUAAUUUUUUGUAUUAUUUCAUCCAUUUUUUUAGGAGCAUAGUUUCGCAUUUCGCACGCA